AUGGAAGCUGAGCUCAUGAUCGUCUUCAUGGUAGUAGCCACCUCUUCAGCCUACCUCCUCUGGUUCCACCACCUCUCCCGUCAUCUUUCUGGCCCCAAAGUCUAUCCUUUCUUCGGCAGCCUUCCUGUUCUCUUCCUAAAUAGGUCUCGGAUCCAUGAUUGGAUCGCCGGAAACCUACGAAAUUCCGGUGGUGGUGGGACUUAUCAGACCACCACAAUCGCCAUACCAUUCUUUGCACGUAAACAAGGGUUUUAUACUGUUACUUGUAACCCGAAAAACAUUGAGCACAUACUCCGGACCCGAUUUGAUAACUACCCUAAAGGACCCGCAUGGCAAACGGCGUUUCAUGAUCUUUUAGGUCAAGGAAUAUUCAAUAGCGAUGGCGAAACGUGGCUGAUACAGCGGAAGACGGCGGCGUUGGAAUUCACGACACGCACGCUCCGGCAAGCCAUGGCUAGGUGGGUUAGCAGGACUAUUAAAACCAGAUUGUGGCGCAUUUUGCAAAAAGCCUCCGAAGAACGCUUCCCCGUCGACUUGCAAGAUCUUUUACUCCGGUUAACGUUCGAUAACAUUUGCGGGUUGACAUUUGGUAAAGACCCGGAAACGUUAUCCUUAGAGUUAUCGGAAAACCCAUUUGCAACGGCGUUUGAUUCCGCAACAGAGGCGACGCUGCAGCGGUUGUUGUAUCCAGGGUUUCUAUGGCGGUUGAAGAAGCUUUUUGGUAUAGGCGCAGAAAUGAGACUGAAAAAAAGCCUUCAAGUUGUCGAAAAUUACAUGACAGAUGCUUUAACAGCUCGUAAAUUAAACCCUUCAGAUGAUCUUCUAUCGAGGUUUAUCAAGAAACGAGAUGUCGACGGGAAUAUCUUCCCAAACCACGUUUUAAAGCGCAUUGCUCUGAACUUUGUUCUCGCCGGACGUGACACCUCCUCCGUCGCUCUCAGCUGGUUUUUCUAUCUGGUUAUGAAUAACCCGUUGAUCGAAGCUAAAAUAAUCAACGAAUUGACUGCUGUGUUAAAAGAUUCACGUGGAAACGAUCCCAACACUUGGAUUUCCGAUCCUCUGAUUUUCGAUGAAGCUGACAGGUUAGAAUACCUAAAAGCAGCCCUGGCGGAGACCCUGCGACUGUAUCCAUCGGUGCCGGAGGAUUUCAAGUACGUUAUCAAUGACGACGUUUUGCCAGACGGAACUAGGGUUCCGGCGGGUUCAACAGUGACGUACUCCAUAUACUCCGUAGGGAGGAUGAAGAGCGUGUGGGGUGAAGAUUGUUUGGAGUUUAAACCGGAGAGGUGGCUAUCGGCUACCGGAGAUAGAUUUGAACCGCCCAAAGAUGGUUACAAGUUUGUGGCGUUUAACGCCGGACCUCGGACUUGUUUAGGUAAGGAUUUGGCUUACUUACAGAUGAAAUCGGUGGUUUCCGCGGUUCUCCUCCGUUACCGGCUGAAGCUUGUUCCCGGCCACCGGGUGGAACAGAAGAUGUCGUUGACGCUGUUUAUGAAGAAUGGGCUUAAGGUAUACUUGCAACCACGCAAUCUUAUCUCCGCGUAG